GGCUCUGCGGCCGUUGGACCGUGAGGCCUGAGCUAUGUGGGGUAAAAGAAGAGCAGGUCGGGGAGAGCAGCCCCGAGGAUAGACGACGAAAUCAGACGGAUGGAAGGGACAGCGCGAAGCGGAACGGGCCGGGUCUGGCCAGCCACUCGCCUUUGCCCACUCCCGGCUCAGGGGCACCGGGCACCUGCGGGAAGGGCGGGGAAUCUCGGCUCCUUCCCCGCCGCGCCCUCUCCGCCCUCUUCCCGCCUCCUUCCAGGCCUUCCCGAGGCCGCCCCCCACUCGACGUCCAAGACCCCGCAGGCCUUGCGGCCCCAGAGCCAAGGUCCCCCGACAGCGGAGGCACCCACGGGUCCCCCCACAGCGAAAGUUAGGCGGGAGCCGCCCUGGCCGAGCCCCGGACCCUCGGAUUUCCCGGAAGCUCUACCCGCGGGUGGCACCACUGUGCCGGGAACGGCCGCGGUGCCCCGGGCAUCCCCACCCCGCGGCAAGAGCUACAAGGCUACGCGGGGGCCGAGGCCUCUGAGUGCCCGCGGUGGUGUUGUCCCUUGUCACCUGGAACCCCAUGCAGCCGGAACCAAGGCCUAGCGGGGCUGGGGCCCGCACCCGAUUCCUUCCCUUGAGGUCACAGCGCCCCAAGGGGGCAGGGGACACGGUGAUGUACGCCUCCACCGAGUGCAAAGCCGAGGUGACGCCGUCACAGCAUGGCAACCGCACCUUCAGCUACACGCUGGAGGACCACACCAAGCAGGCCUUCGGCAUCAUGAACGAACUGCGGCUCAGCCAGCAGCUGUGUGACGUCACGCUGCAGGUCAAAUACGAGGACGCGCCAGCCGCCCAGUUCAUGGCUCACAAGGUGGUGCUGGCCUCGUCGAGCCCCGUCUUCAAGGCCAUGUUCACCAAUGGGCUGCGGGAGCAGGGCAUGGAGGUGGUGUCCAUUGAGGGCAUCCACCCCAAGGUCAUGGAGCGCCUAAUCGAAUUUGCCUACACGGCUUCCAUCUCCAUGGGCGAGAAGUGUGUGCUCCACGUGAUGAACGGCGCCGUCAUGUACCAGAUUGACAGCGUCGUCCGCGCCUGCAGCGACUUCCUGGUGCAGCAGCUGGACCCCAGCAACGCCAUUGGCAUUGCCAACUUCGCCGAGCAGAUUGGCUGCGCCGAGCUGCACCAGCGCGCCCGCGAGUACAUCUACAUGCACUUCGGAGAGGUGGCCAAGCAGGAGGAGUUCUUCAACCUGUCCCACUGCCAGCUGGUGACCCUCAUCAGCAGAGACGAUCUGAACGUGCGCUGCGAGUCUGAGGUCUUCCACGCCUGCAUCAACUGGGUCAAGUACGACUGUGAGCAGCGGCGGUUCUACGUGCAGGCGCUGCUCAGGGCCGUGCGGUGCCACUCGCUGACCCCCCACUUCCUGCAGAUGCAGCUGCAGAAGUGUGAGAUCCUGCAGUCGGACUCCCGCUGCAAGGACUACCUGGUCAAGAUCUUCCAGGAGCUCACGCUGCACAAGCCCACUCAGGUGAUGCCGUGCCGCGCGCCCAAAGUGGGCCGGCUCAUCUACACUGCCGGCGGCUACUUCCGCCAGUCCCUCAGCUACCUGGAGGCCUACAACCCCAGUGAUGGCACCUGGCUCCGACUGGCAGACCUGCAGGUGCCCCGCAGUGGCCUGGCGGGCUGUGUCGUGGGCGGGCUGCUAUACGCCGUGGGCGGCCGCAACAACUCGCCCGACGGCAACACCGACUCCAGCGCCCUGGACUGCUACAACCCCAUGACCAACCAAUGGUCGCCCUGCGCCCCCAUGAGCGUGCCCCGCAAUCGGAUUGGGGUCGGGGUCAUCGACGGGCACAUCUAUGCCGUCGGUGGCUCCCAUGGCUGCAUCCACCACAACAGUGUGGAGAGGUAUGAGCCGGAGCGGGACGAGUGGCACCUGGUGGCCCCCAUGCUGACGCGCAGGAUCGGGGUGGGAGUGGCUGUCCUCAACCGUUUGCUCUAUGCUGUCGGGGGCUUCGAUGGGACAAACCGCCUCAACUCAGCCGAGUGUUACUACCCAGAGAGAAACGAGUGGCGGAUGAUCACCCCCAUGAACAGCAUCCGAAGUGGGGCAGGAGUCUGCGUCCUGCACAACUGUAUCUAUGCGGCGGGGGGCUACGAUGGGCAGGACCAGCUGAACAGUGUGGAGCGCUAUGACGUAGAGACCGAGACGUGGACCUUCGUGGCCCCCAUGAAGCACCGGCGAAGCGCCCUGGGGGUGACCGUGCACCAGGGAAGGAUCUACGUUCUCGGAGGGUACGACGGCCACACGUUCCUGGACAGCGUGGAGUGUUACGACCCGGACACCGACACCUGGAGUGAGGUGACCCGCAUGACGUCCGGCCGGAGCGGGGUGGGUGUCGCUGUCACCAUGGAGCCCUGCCGAAAGCAGAUUGACCAGCAGAACUGUACCUGUUGAGCCACUUUUUGUUUCUUGGGCAACAAAACGGUCCGGUUGAGAGUAUUGUUGUUUCUGUAUGAAAACCAGGGACAAAAGGAAGAGGCGACGGAGCCAGUGCUUGUCCUCCAAGAUGGGAGGCUGGAUGCCUCGGUGUUAAAUGACAGCUAGAAAGCAAAGGCGGCCAGAGUGGGUCCCACGAGCCUGUCAGAGCAGUCCCGGGAGCCUUCCUGGGAAGGGGGUGCAUGAAGGGCAGGCUCCCAGGAGAGAGGCCCCUGCACCCACUCCCUGAGCACAUCCCAGCCGCCGCCGCCGCCCCGCGGGCGACAGCAGGUGCCCAGGUCAGGCCGGCUUUUGUUCCUUCUGUCUUUGUGAUUGGUUCCUGGAGGCCUGGGAGGGCGCCGACCGAGGCCUCGAGUGAGCGGCGAGGCCUCUGCGAGGUCUGGACCCCAGGGAUGGCCCUGUCCAUAGAAACCACUGGAUAUCUCUGCCCUGGACAGCUGUUUUGUUGAUAAGUAACCACAUAACUUUCCAAUGAAAAUAAAGAACGAACUAACUAGUGUCUUCCCCCCGCCCCCCGGGCUCUCAGCUGGAGGUCUCGAACCCGGGGACAGGAAGAACGCAUCUGAAAUGCAUUCAAGUCUUCGAUUUCGACUUUGAAUUUGAAACCAGCCCGUUAUCUCUGCCCAUCAAAUCUUGACAUGUAGGGCAUCUUUCUCCCCAGAGGCCAGCCACACAGGCUCACUCUGUCACUGUCGGCUGCUUUGAAGACAACGACCCAACUCCCUGACACCUGUCGCAGGGCUCCCUGGAGCUCUGUUUUAAGGCAGACCAUCCCCAACAUGCCUUCCAAGUCGGUGAAAAUCCAUCCGGUCAUUCUUGCGUCUUCAGUAACAGACUGAGCCUUUUAUUUUGGCUCCUGGGUAUUAAAGAGACAAGGGAGUGCUUGGAAUGUUCUUAGCCUACGGGCUCAAUAUAGCCUGGUCUCUUCUAAACAGUUCCUGGGAAGACAUUAUAUGGCCUGGAUCUCU